CUCCCCGAGUCCGUGUGACUCCGCACCGGCCCGCAGCCCCGGCCGGCCCCGCUGAGCGCCAUGGCCCUGCUGGAUCUAGCCAUGCAGGGCUUCGCCGUGUUCGGCUUCAUCUUGUUCUUCGUCCUGUGGCUCAUGCACCUGAUGUCCAUCAUCUACGUGCGUCUCCACCUCCAUAAGAAGAGGUCAGAGGUCAAACAGUCAUUUGGGCAGCAAGCAGGCGUUUCCCUCUUGAAGCCUCUGAAGGGCGUUGACCCAAACCUCAUCUCCAACCUGGAAACCUUCUUUACUCUGGAUUACCCCAAGUACGAGAUCUUGCUCUGCGUCCAGGACCAGGACGACCCCGCGGUCGAGGUCUGUAAGAAGCUUCUGGGAAAGUAUCCGAAUGUCGACGCUCGUUUAUUCAUCGGGGGGAAGAAAGUAGGAAUCAACCCAAAGAUCAACAACCUGAUGCCAGGUUACGAAGGAGCCAAAUACGGGCUGGUGUGGAUCUGUGACAGCGGCAUCAGAGUGAAACCUGACACCCUGACAGAUCUGACCAAUCAGAUGACAGAGAAGGUGGGACUGGUCCACGGGUUACCUUAUGUUGCCGACCGGCAAGGCUUCGCUGCCACACUGGAGCAGGUGUAUUUUGGGACGUCUCAUCCUCGAUCCUACAUCUCGGCGAAUGUGACGGGGAUAAAGUGCGUGACCGGGAUGUCGUGUCUCAUGAGGAAGGACGUGUUGGAUCAGGCCGGCGGGCUGGUCUCCUUCGCUCAGUACAUCGCUGAAGAUUACUUCAUGGCUAAAGCCAUCGCAGACAGAGGCUGGAAGUUCUCGAUGGCAACGCAGGUGGCGAUGCAGAACUCAGGCUCUUAUUCCAUUGGCCAGUUUCAGUCCCGUAUGAUCAGAUGGACUAAGCUGAGGAUCAACAUGCUUCCUGGCACCGUGUUGGAGCCCGUCUCCGAGUGCUUCCUGGCCAGCCUCAUCAUUGGCUGGUCGGCUCAUUACGUGUUCAGGUGGGACAUGAUGGCGUUCUUCAUGUGUCACUGUUUGGCCUGGUUCAUCUGUGACUACAUUCAACUCACUGGAGUUCAGGGCGGCGCUCUCUGCUUCUCGAAGCUGGACUUUGCCGUGGCGUGGUUCAUCAGAGAGACGAUGGCGGUGCAGAUCUUCCUGUCGGCUCUAUGGGACCCGACUAUCAGCUGGAGAACCGGUCGGUACCGGCUCCGCUGUGGCGGCACCGCAGAAGAGAUCCUCGAUGUGUAGUUGCCAUGGCGACCGGCUGAGCCUUCAGCCUCGUCCUCCUCAAAGACUGAUUUUGUUUUUUUGUUUUUUAUGGAACGUGUGUGUUUUUAACUAUUUAUGCUCCUUUGGUGCUAAAACUAAAUGAUGCCAGAAUGAGCCAAUGAGAGUACAGGAAGGAAGAAAGAAAAACAAGUAAAGUGAGAGGGAGUGACGCAUCGCACUGAAUCGUCUAAUCUGUGAUUGGACGAGAUGAAGAAAAAGACAUCAGCCAACUGGGCGGGGCUUAAAAACCCCUCUUCUCAUUGGUUGAUUUAUCUUUGCUUCAAUUUUCGUGUUUCAUGAAGUUUUUUAUGGAAGCAAAUAACGGCCCCAAAAAAAAUGAAGAGAAAGGUUGUGACUGAAACUGAAUUUAUAGUAUUAAAAUAUUUUACUUUGAAAUUCAACCAUUACAAAAACGGAUGGUUUUCAAAUUAAAAUGAAACUGGUUGUUAAUUCUAAAUGUUGUAGUUCAUGUCCAGCAGGUUGCAGUUUCUUAUUUUACAGCUGGUAUUUGUACCAAUUGAAAAUUGACACUUUUUAAAAUUUAUUUCAAAAAACUUAACAUUAAAUGAUUCUUGGGAUAAAAAAAGAAAAAUGAUGCUCAAAGUCGGAAGUGGCAGAAACAUUCAAAGUUUUUUGUCUCCUCGUUUCCAAAGUUCUGAUCUGGACUUUGUGGAGGUUCUUCUCGGGGCUUCAGGUUCUGAUCCAACACAAACAAGAAGCGUCGAGAUGAGAAUCACUUAUUUAUAAAACGAACGUGAAUAGAUUCAACUAAAGGCGUGCGAAAAAACGAUCUGAAUAAUUUACUUACGAAUUCAGACAUACAAUUUGUAUAAAAAAAUGUCGAAUCAAAAGUCUGAUCCGAAAAACUUUUUUUUGGUGAUCAUUAGAGAAAUGUCUUUGUUUCGUCCUUAUAAGAACUUUUGUUACAAACUGUUCAUCAAUAACUCAGAACUGUGACGUCUUUUUUUUGUUAAUAUAAAAUAGUUUAAACAAAAUUUAAAUGAGUUAUCAGUCUGGUCACCAAGCGAAGCUGCAUCUUUUUUCGUUUGUGAAGUUUCUGUCGCACAUGACGUAGUGAAAACAUUUGAAUUAUCUCAAUAAACAAAGCAGCCAAUCAGAAAAGAGAUGUUAGCACUGAACAAGUUUCUUUCAUGUUUCAUGGUCGUAACAUUUCACGAAAGAAAAUCACAUUUCUGAAUAUUUGCGUUGCAGUCGAACACUGUGUGUGUGUGUGUGUGUGUGUGGACAAUCGCAGCAGCAUUGCUUUACUGUUAGCUUAGCCACAGGGGGUUUGGUUGAUGACUUCGAUGAGUCGGACAAACCCGAGACGCCGUCGUCCAGAAGGAAGUCGAGUUAUUUGUUUGUUGUUUUUUUAUGAUUGACCUGCUGUCGUCUGAACUGACCGAUCGUGUGAAGUCGGGAACAAUAAAGUUUUAUCCUUUCAAAGAUGAA